AUGGUUGGAGGUCGCGACGGAGGCCGUCGCGGUGGGAGACAGGGAGGGGGCCGAGGACCUGGCAACCGUAACCAGGAUGUUGGUCGAGGACGGGGUCGGGGUCGAGAUAGCAGCCAAAGUGGCGAGCGAGGCCGUGGUCGUGAAUCCCGAGGAGGGAGACCGGGAGGUGGACGAGCUUCGGGUUUUCGCCCUCCACAGCUUCCGUCCAACCCGUCGACCCUCCAGUUCAUUCGCUUGGCGUUGAAGAACUGCCCGAACCACAAGUUGACGAAGACUAUCGAGCAAAUGGACAAGAUGUGGCUCAGUUGCUGGCAAAGUGUCGAGAGUCUUCCUCCAGAUGCACUGAAAAUGCUUUUAUCAGCACUGUCGAGACUGCCGUUUUCGGCUACAAUCGCCCCGCCUCCACUUCCUGCAAUCAGCAAAGCGGUUAGUACUUUGCUGAACCAGGUGACUCAGUACGGAGGGGGUGAUGAGGCGUUCGAUGGCAACGACGGGGCCCUUGAGGGUGUCGAACUCGUUGAACGGGUCGUCACGCGGUUGCUGAAGUUCACGUGGGAUCUGAAACGAGACGACGUUAAAGACGCGCUGGACGAGAUGAUUGCAGAGGCGGACUCGACUUUGAACGUUCGGUUGAAGACUCAUCGUACAGUACGCGGUCGACUAACAGCAUUGCUUAACGAGAUGGAUAAAUUCUGGAGUAUUAAGGUGAAAGUACGGGAGCUAACGACGAUCGAGCAGGUAGCAACUGCACCGGAUUGGCGUCAUCCGACGGUGGCGUGGCUAGCAGACUACCGGAACUUUCAGCCGGCUCUUCUCCCCAAGCUGCAGCUUCCUCGUAGUAACGGAGGACGAGUCUACGAAAGCAGUGACGAAUAUUUCACGACGAUCGUGGAACUGUGGAUCGGAAUGACGUUCGUGGAAGGGAACAACGCGUUGCUGCCGCACUGCACCGUGAAGAUGGGGGACAAAGUGUGCGAUCAACCAUUGUGGCCAUUCCCUGACAAGAAGAUGUCGCUUCAUUGCAGAAAUUCACAGUGCGAUCGCAAGUGUGCGAGUGAAUACCAACAGCGACUUCGCGGGCCAUCGUCCAAGUACGCGUCGACACACAUCUACGAUGGGUUCAUUGCUAACGUUAAAUACGACGGAACAAUGUCGAUUGAGCAAGUGGCAUCACGUCGCCCGCCGUUGAAGCCUAUUCACUGGAGGACGACGAAGCGAUUAUCAAGCCCCAACCUGAUUGGCAUCGUGAGACUUGCCAACCGUGAGGCAUCGCUGAGAGCUACUGAUGAGGUUUACUGGGCGGAGAUUGUGUUCCAAGGCAAGAGUUUUGACGAAUACAAGGCUCGCGAGCGAGGACGCUUAACGUUGCGUCUGCUGCAGUACCUCGACGAACCGGGCAAUGCCUUGCAGACUCACAAUCCUGCAGUGGGAGAUUCAGUGGCUAUUAUCGAUUGCCAGACGUUUGUUCCGGAGUUUAUACCGGUUUUGAAGGCCUUGGAGAAGCAGCGGCAGAUGCCCGUGCCAUUUCAGAAUGGUGCGUUACUCAACCUGUGCGACCAUGUGAGUUUUGGGCCGAGUGUGGACGCAGAUCGAGCGGACUAUGACAAGGAUGACAGUGACGGUGAUGUGACGGGAAUUGCUGAUAUAUCAACGCGUGACUUGAUCCGGAAGGUGAUUCAGCUGUCACUGCUGGAUCCUAUCGUUGAUAUUCGCCGAGAUGGAGCACUACGCAGCCGUUUAGAGAGCUCAUUGCUGCAGCUGGUGGAAAGCGCGACUCUUGAUCCCGGUCAGCUGAGGAGCUUUGCCGAGGCACUGAUGUACCCUGUGCAUUGCACUCAAGGACCACCUGGUACUGGCAAAUCCUACUUGGGAGUCAUUGUUGUUCGCGCGUUGCUCGUCAUCCGGGACCUCUGGAAACGAAAGAAUGGCGAAAUUGGGGACCCUCCUAUCCUGGUUUUGUCAUACAAGAAUCACGCGAUCGACGAGUUUCUGCUGGACUUGCUGCGGUCGGAGCCUACGCUGGAUCAUACCCCAAAACGUAGCACGUAUUUUGGGAAAUAUUAUCUCAACAACGGCUUUAAGAAGCUCGUCCGCAUCGGUGGAGGAUGUAGUGAACCCGAACUGGAACCGUAUCGUGAACGCAAUGUUGCGUUCUCUGACCCCAGUGUUCGGAAGGUCUCCCAGCGGAUCGAGGAUUGCCAAGACCUGCGUGAUCAGUGGCACAAGUUCCGAGACUGCUUUACGCCCAUUUAUGAGGCACAGACAAUUGUUGCUGGUGGAACAGAGUCGUUAGGCUCUGAGGAGUGGAAAACCGUCCAAGGUGCAGUUCCUGCCGUGUCAUCUGCGGUGGCGACGCUUUUACAUCUGACAGAAAGUAUGAACGAGGACGAUGAAAAGAAGGCGUUAGCGAUUGAAGAACAGGUUCGCGUAUGUGACAACAGUGAUGAGGAGGAUGGUACUGAGGAUGCUGCAGCUAAGGCUCUAAAAGGCUUAUUGGACGUAAAGCCGAAGCUUUCGCGCGGUGAUACGGCAAGCGAGGUUGUGGAAAGUGUGCUAAAAACCAAACCGAUGCUGUCUAACGCUGAUAUUGCGGUGUUGCACAAGGGUAUUAAGCACUACGACCUGACCAUUGAUCCUAUGGAAGUGCUGUACCGGUGGAUUUCGGGUUUUCGUCCACUACCGGCGUGUGCGUACUCGGAAUCCUGCUUAAACGUAAGCUAUGACGAGAGUAAAUUCUGUCAGGAGCAUUCGUGCAAGUUUACUCAAGACGGAAAACAUUUCUGCCACGACGCUGUGGUCCACAAACGGCUGUAUUGUGAGCGACACUUGUGUUCAGCUGAGAAAUGCAAGAACUGCAGGAUGGACGAAGUGCAGUUGUUUUGCGAAGACCACGCGUGCUUUGUAUGCCUCGCAAGAGACGAGAAAGCUGACGUCGCUGUUGACGAACCUCCUCGGAACACGUGCGAUCGGCACCCGCUGUGCUGGGCUCUGGGUGGCAUGUGCACCGAAGUGACAGAACCCAGUUUUUCCUAUUGCAAGAUGCACAAGGAAGUGCUUUACUGCAAGUGGGUAUCGAAGGGUGGAGAAUCUUGUGGUGAGAUUGCUACGACGGGACAGUACUGUGGCGGACAUCACGUCGAAGCACAAGCGCUGUCUGAACGAGAGGCCCAGAUGAGUACCGGAAAAUGUCAGGCGCGGACGAGGAAGGGAAAGCCGUGCAAAGCAUCACCGUUGUCGGGCUCCAGAUUCUGCAGAGAUCACGUAGGCAGGAGUAACCAACCUGUCAUGAAGUUUCCCGACGUGUCGUUGAAGACUAGUGUGCAAGAGGAGACAAAGGAGGCGGUUGAAAUCCCGAAGUUGCCGUCUGUCGAUGAGUUGUCGGAUGCACAAGGCUCUCAGUCUUCCGAGCUUGAUCGACCUAACGCAGAGAAGGAAGAAGCAGUAGCCAUACCAGAGAAGAACGAGGAUUUAUGGAGCUCCGGUAGCGAGGUGGACGUGGACGAUUUUGUUGACGCUGUUCAAUACGACAAUGAGGACGAAGUCGAGGAGUCCGAGCACUUGCAGCAUAUGCGCGACGUUUACGAGGUUGAAGACGAUGAGGUCGAGGUUGAGAUCGAAGCCGUCGAGGCGUUUGAGGAAGAAGAAAAGACGCCGUGGACAUCCGAUCAGCAGCUAAUGCGACCUCAUGAGUGGCACUGGGAUUUGACGCUGGAAGAACGUUGGAACGCUCUUUUUUCCGUGUUAAAUCUAUGGAGCGAUCUCAACACGCGAUUGCAGCAUGCGUUCGUGAAGCAACUCGAAGAUCUGAAAGUGGAAUUGCAGCGUGAGAUCCUGCGUGCAAACUCCCGCGUUUACGAGGGCAAAUCUGUGAUCGGAGGAACGAUCACGGGCUGUGUGUCUCGCCUUGAAGCGAUUCGAACCACUAAUCCCUUUGCUAUUCUCGUCGAAGAAGCUUCAGAAGUGAUGGAACCACUUCUAGUGUCGUGCUUUAGCUCAUCCACGCGGAAGUUAGAGAUGAUCGGAGAUCAUAUGCAGCUCCAGCCUUCAGUUAUGGGGAAGAUCGACUUUGAACGAGUCAACAAGAUCAACAUCUCGAUGUUUGAACGACUGAUUAGUGCUCCACAGGGCAACGAAGUCCCGUCUUCAGUGCUGUCGAUCCAGCGCCGAAUGCGCAAGAAUAUCUGCGAUCUUACUCGUAACUUUUACGACGAAAUCACGACGAUAGAAGACCAUCAAGUCUGCGGAACUAAAGUCAUUGGAGGUGCCAAGAGAAAGCCAGGAAUGGUGCCUCUUCUCGAUGCGUGUGAAGGAGGAGGACGUGAAGUACCUGGCGUAUCGCCACAUGUCUUUUUUUGGACACAUUCGGGUCGACAGGAACGAGCUUCGGUCGGUUUGUCCCGCGUCAACCAACAAGAGGCCAAGAUGACGUGCAAACUUGUCCAGUAUCUCGUUCAUUGUGGUGUACCAGCCAAGUCUAUCGCUGUGCUUACCCCGUACAAAGGCCAGUUGAUGCUGAUGCGGAAGAUGCUGAUGGACAAGUAUGGGCUCAGAAUGAUGUCAAAAGAAAGAGAUCCACGACCUGUUCCUUCGUGUUUCUUGUCGACUGUGGACCGUUUCCAAGGCGACGAAGCAGAUAUCGUGAUCAUUUCGCUUGUGAUUGAUGGCAAGUCUCGCACGCCGUUCGUGAAGCUCCAGAAUCGCAUGAUCGUCUUGCUGAGUCGUGCACGUUUAGGGAUGUACGUCGUGGGCAAUGUCGAGUACUUUGGCGAGACGACACACUGGAAGAAAACGUUUGAAGUUCUUGAGAACGACGCCGAGUCUGACAAUAAUGAAGCAGUUGAGUGCACAGCCUACACGGGACCGCGUGUUGGUGCCGCGCUUCCGAUCUGUUGCCCCGAGCAUCGAGAGUCUGUAGCUUUGGCAAUGGAAGAGAGCCACUUGAAGCUCGGAUUCUGCACCGUGGUGUGUUCGGUUGAACUGUCGUGUUCUCACGAGUGCGGUCUCAUGUGUCACUGGCCUCAAGUGAACAUGCACAACAAGAAGUGCAGUGUGGAAGUCGAGUCGCCUUGCAGUCGCCACCCUCGUGUCCUCAAGUGCUCAGCAGUGACAGCUUCCUCUGGACGCUCUAUUGACGAAGCUCUGGAGAAAUAUCAGUGUGACAUUCGCGUGGACGUGAGUUUACCCUGCGGUCACAACCAAAAGAUGAAGUGCUUCUCGCAUACUGAGAUUGAAGCUGGGCGCUCUUCAUGGCCAGUGUGCAACAAAGAAGCCAUCGCGCCGUACGUCUACUCGGAGUGUAAGCACAUUCUGAAGUGCACAUGCAACGAGUUUGAUCGAUACUCCAAGGGCCACGCACCUCCGUGCACAGAGAAGGUGGAGUACACACCUGCUUGUCAACAUACCGUGACACAGCCGUGCCAUGAUCGCCAGGACUACACCACUCAAGUGCGUCGCUAUGUGUGUAAGGAGAAGGUAAAGGUGUCGUUGCCUCGAUGUGGACACGAGACGGUUGUUUCUUGUCCAACCGCGGAGACGUUGAAGCAAUGGACUGGCGAGUCAUGUCCAACGAUGGAUUUUGUCCAAGAAGGAGAAUCUUACGGUCCGAAAGACUUUUUUUGCAAGCGCACUGUCAAGUUUCAGCGACGCUGCGGCCACUACGAGAUGGUCAGGUGUGAGCGAGCGUUCGAACUUGCGCAGAGUCCGUCACGGUGCCAGGAACAGGUUGUGGUGUCGAAUCCGGAGUGUGGUCACGAGUGUUCAAUGACUUGCUUCGAGGAGAAGAGGCUUCGUGACAAGGUCGCGCAAUACUCCGGAAGACCAGACGACGUUGACCCGGUAGAAAUAGUGAACGAAGGCGACUCCAGCAACUACCGCAAGUACGGACUUAAUGUGCACUGCACCCACGAGGUGACGUACGCUCGCGCUUGUGGUCACAAGACGAAGAGGAAGUGCAGCGAAGCUCGUCAUAUCACUACGGUAUGUGAAGAGUUGGUGACUGCUUCGCUGCCGGUUUGUGGACACGUGGUGCGUCUGCCGUGUCAUUUGAACGAACACUUGGGAGAAUGGCAACCGUGGCCAGCACAGACACCGUCGGUCCAGCUUUUGCACGACGACAGCAUAGUGGAGGACACUUUGGUGGUUCCUGGAAAGCGGCCAAGUGCUUUGAGAUCUGUCUUAAAGGAGUGUACAGCACCUGUACGCUUCCGUAGGACCACGACAUGUGGACACGAUCUCGAGAUGAAGUGCUGCGACGCGUUUAAACUUGUGCAAGGUAAACAACCUCCAGUUCCAUGCGGUGUGCGAGUGCUGAAGCAGCUGAGCUGCGGCCACGAAGCUGCGAUGAAAUGUUCUGACGAGGUGGACAGUGUGGUUUGUCACGAAUCCGUUGCAAAGCACUGCUGGAAUUUCGUGACUUGUGGUAGUGAAGUCACGGUGCCCUGCAAAGCGUCAGCCAACACUGUCCAAUGCACGACGGAAACGGAGUGGAAGUGUCCGCAAGGUCAUUCGUUCUCUCUGCGCCUGUGCAGCAGAGGAUUCCCGUCUGAUUGUCCAGGUUGCUCGAGUGCACGCUUGGAUACCGUGAUCAAGGACACGCAGCGCGCUCUGAGCGAUCAAAAGCUCAGUCUUUGGUCGCCUGAAACAGCUAGAGUUCUUCCAGACAUGAGUGGGGUGACUCAUAUUUCCAUGAGUUUGUCCAGUAAGCGCGACUUUCUCGGUCGGAAGUUGAAGCUACUGGACCGGUUCAAACAUGGCCUAGAUGUUGGUGUAAAGUGGUCCAACCUCCUCUUCUUGCCUCUGGAGAUCCCAGUCUUCGUAGUGUUGAGUCGAAAGCUGCAAGGGAAGGAGAUCGAUAGAUUCGAGAUUAAGGAUUUCGGCAGCCAGCAGACGUUGAACGGCAUCGAAGUCUACGAAGCGACCCAGGAGAACUUCGAGCGCGUUGUGAGCGGUGGCAAAGCGUCACUUCUGUUCGGUCAUCUGUACUCGGCAAAAUCUCUUCGGAAUCCCACUGAUAUCCCGAAGGCCAAAGGGAAGAACGGAAGUAACCUCCGAACUUGGACUUCUCGCCAGGUUUCGCACGAUUACGAUGCGCUGUAUCGUGAUGCGAAGGCUGGCAAAAAAGGGGGCACUUGGAUUGUAUGGUAUCCCCACGCAUUGUUCCCUGUCCAUCGAGUGGAGAUCACAGACGCAAAUCGAGAGACGAUCGCGAGGUGUUUGCCGGAGAGAACGCAGGUCAAUCAGCAGCCUCCGAAGAUUUCUUUUGAGAAGCCGACAGGUGUUACGACGGAAGAGGAAGACAAGCCUGCUAUCACCUUGGCUCCUACCGUUAUUUCGGACGAGGAUAUUGACAAGCUACGGGUCUUAGCUGCGUCUGUGAGCCCGUUGUUCGAGAAGCUGAACGUUUGGUAUCCCUGGGACGGGAAAUCGUUUUCAACUGGAGCUGCAGAGGCGAUCUCGCAGCGCAUGGAGAAGACUUUAAUGUCAAAACUGAACUUUGUCCUCGCGGACUCGACGCAACAGAAGUCGAAGAAACCAUUCGGCGGCAUCAAGUAUGUGGAAAAUGCGCAGUCGCAAGGGAAGUUGAAGGAGGAUGGCAACUUGUUCUUGGCGCUGGAACUGCUUGCUGUUCGGAAGCAGGACACCAGCGAGACACGCUUGAAGCUGGAGGAAUACGUGACUCGAGUGUGUGCAGAGGAAGGCGGAUACGCCCACCCGCUUGUUAUCGUGGCGCUUGCUCGCUUAGCGGUUCGCUCCAGUCAAACGCAGUCGUCGGAUGUUCAACGAAAGCUUCUGCAAUUGUUCACGUCGCUGUAUCCAGAGGCCAGCAGCUUGUGGUUGAACGAAGCUGAGCUACGGCUCGUACAACGCACGAUUAGUCGAGCUACUACAGCAGGUUCUUUCGUCUCUGGGUCCCCGUCAGUGGAGGACAAGUGGGAGAGUCUAAAGAGCCGAUACAGCUGUCGCUCUGAAGCGAUGGAAAAGCUGCUAAAGCUGGUUGGACUGAAGAAAGUGAAGUACGCGGCAGUCAACAUGUUCAGGAAUGCGAUGGUGUUGCAGCAGCUCUCUCCUACUCAGCGCAAGAAGAACGCCAUGUCAUUUAACUAUUGCUUCGUGGGUAAUCCUGGUACGGGCAAAACUACCGUCGCGCGAUUGUUCGCCCAAAUUUUGAAAGACUCGAUGAUUCGCAGCACCAAUACGUUUGUGGAGUGUACGGCACAGCAGCUAAAGGACGACGGGGCUGCCGAGUUCCGCUUGAAACUGAAGAAGGCUUCAGGUGGUGUUUUAUUCAUUGACGAGGCGUACGAACUGGACCCUGCCGGCGACUUCAAGGGCAAACCGAUCGUAGCCGAGUUGCUGACUGCUGCCGAAGAUAAGCGGGACGAGCUCUCGAUCAUCCUCGCGGGCUAUGAAGACGAUAUCCAGAAGAAGUUGUACGCCUACAACGACGGUCUGCCGUCGCGUUUCGAAGAAAUUGUGUUCGAUGACUUCGAUUCACUUGAAUUGGAGGCUGUGUGGGAUGGCGUAGCGCUAGAUCGCGGAUGGGAAUACGAGAAGGCUAUCGCAAAGGUGGCCUGUCGACGUCUUGCCAAGGCUGCGGGACGUAAAGGGUUCGGGAAUGCGCGAGCUGUACGUAAAUUGUUUGAGCAAGCGGUGAAAGAGGCGCUGGCUCGUGACGAUUUCGAUGGCUCUCUCAAGUUUCAGACGGUGGAUUUGCUUGGAGACUGUCCGUCGACAAAUCCGAAGCUACAAGCUGUGCUGGACGAAGUCGAGGAGAAGACUGGAUGGCGCAAGAUUAAGGAGGAGAUGAAGAAGCUGGUGCGUAUCAGUGACGAGAACUACGAACGAGAGCUAAAAGGUCAGGAAACUGUCCAAGUAUUUCUCAAUCGCCUGUUCUUGGGCAAUCCUGGAACGGGUAAAACGACGUGUGCUAUCUACUAUGGACGUGUUCUGAAGGCGCUUCAUUUCUUGAGUAAUGGCGAAGUGGUGAAGAAGACAGCGGGCGACUUUAUUGGAAGCCACGUGGGGGAGUCACAGACGAAGACGUCGCAGAUCUUGGACAUGUCAAGGGGAAAAGUGCUGGUGAUUGACGAAGCGUACAACCUGAAUGACAACAUGUUCGGCAAACAAGUCCUGGACGUGCUGGUCGAGAAGGUGCAAGGUACGGAAAGUGACGACUUGGCUGUUCUAUUGAUCGGGUACGAGCACGAAAUGCUGGAGAUGUUGCGGACGCAGAACCCUGGUCUGAUGCGACGGUUUCCGCCGCAGUAUGCCUUCCACUUUGAGGAUUACACGGAGCAAGAACUGUUCGAUAUUCUGGAGUGGAAUUGCUCGAAACGCAGUGUGACGUGUUCGUAUGAAGUGGCUGAGGCGCUUUUGAAGCAGUUGGCUCUCCAGAGAACUCAGCCGAACUUUGGGAAUGCCGGAGCUGUGGAACAGCUGCUGAAACAUGCAAUGGGCAAGGCUAUGAGUCGUCCGAUGGUGAACGGAAUGACCGUGUUGACACUGGAAGACGUUGGUGUAGAUGCGUCAGGAGAUAAGCCUCAAGAUCCGAUUGCUUUACUGGAUAAACUGUACCGCAUGGAGGAGAUCAAGGAGCAGUUGAUUCAGCUACGCAACCAGAUGAUUGUUGCGGAUCGCGAAGGCUCAGGCCUCCCACAAGUUGGCCACUUUGUGUUCCGUGGGUCGCCUGGCACCGGGAAAACGACUGUGGCACGCGUGAUGGCGGAGAUUCUGCAUGGCAUGGGGGUGUUGGCAACGACGAAACUCGUGGAAACCUCCGGACUGGAGCUCACUGGUGAGCAUGUUGGACAGACAAAGCAGAAGGUGACGGAUAAACUCGGCGAGGCGAAGGGAGGACUGCUGUUUAUUGACGAAGCGUACGAGUUGGGGAAGGGGACGUACGGAGAAGAGGCCAUGACGACGCUUGUUGCUGCCAUGACAGACCCUUCCUACACUGGGAUGGUCAUUAUUAUCGCAGGCUACCCGAAGGAUAUGGACCAAAUGCUUGACCGCAACGUUGGAUUGAAGAGCAGGUUCACUCGGUUCAUUGACUUCCCCGACUGGGAGGCACAAGACGCCGUAGUAUUCCUGAGUGAGAAGGCUGAAAGAGAGAACUUUGAAGUCGAAAGCGAGGCCGUAGUGUCACUGCAACAGACGUUCGUGGAGCUCAAGAAACUGAGCAACUUCGGCAACGGGCGAGACGCUGUACGCGUGUGGACGAACCUGCUAGAAUGUCGAUCUCAGCGAGUAGUGGACGAGCCCGAAGAGGAGUGGACGAUCACGGAAAGCGACGCUGAAAGGGCAGGUGAAGCCAUUCUGGUUGCACGUGGUGGUGGUGGAGUGCCGGGUAAGAGAGUCGCACCUGAUGAAGAUCCCUUGAAGCUGCUAGAGGAGCUGUAUCGUAUGGAUCAAAUCCGAGACCAGUUGACGCGCUUGAAGAUGGAGAUGGCAGUCGCAGAGCGUGAAGGCUCGACACGACCUGAGAUCGGCCAUUUUGUGUUCCGAGGCUCCCCUGGCACUGGAAAGACGACGGUGGCGCGUGUGAUGGCGCAGAUUCUGCAUGCCAUGAGCGCUUUAGGCACGACAAAGCUCGUCGAGACGUCAGGCUUGGAUCUAACUGGAGAGUAUCUGGGCCAGACGAAGAUUAAAGUGACCGAGAAGCUGGUGGAGGCCAAGGGCGGAUUGCUAUUCAUCGAUGAAGCGUAUGAGCUUGGGAAGGGCAUGUACGGCGAAGAAGCGAUGACGACGUUGGUAGCAGCCAUGACGGAUCCUGUCUAUGCGGGGAUGGUGAUCGUGAUUGCAGGAUACCCGAAGGACAUGGACGUGAUGCUGAAUCGCAACGCUGGACUCAAAAGUCGCUUCACUCGGUUCAUCGAUUUCCCAGACUGGGAAGCAGAAGAUGGUGUGGCAUUCCUAGAAGCGAAGGCGGACAAGACGGACAUCACGUUGGGACACGGAGCGCAGAGUGUGCUGCAUCAGAUGUUCGUGGAGCUCAAGAGGUUGGACGGCUUUGGAAAUGGUCGCGACGCUGUUCGAGUAUGGAAGGAGCUUCAACAGUGUCGAGCCCAACGCGUAUUCGACUCACCAGAGGAAGUCCGUACGGUCACAGCAGAGGACGCAGCGAUGGCAGGAGAUAUCAUCCUCGCUGCUCGUCGUCCACCGGAUAGACCAGUGCUCUCUCAGUCGUCUGUGCCUAGUGACAACACGAUGGUUAGAACGCAAGACCGACACUCUUCGCAAACGGUUUUGUCUGAGAUGAUUGAAUUGCUGGGACCCGAACAAGUCUCGUUUGAAGAGCAGUUGGAAGAGAAAGAAGCUCUUUUAGCUGCAACAGAAGAAUUCGUCGAGGUGGAUGCUGAGGAAGACCCCGACAUCGACGAAGACGGCAAAGUUGAGCGAGAUCCUGACGUUUCGGACGAGGACUGGGAGGAAUUGGAACUUGCGAAAGAGGCCCGCGUAGCGCAUCUGGAAGCCUUAAAGCGCGCUCGUGAUCAAGCGAAACAAGAGGAAGAGAGACGUCGCGCCCAGGAAAAGUUGGAAGAAGAGCGACGUCGCGCUGCUGCGAUUCAGGAGAGAAUUCGACAGAUUUGUCCUUGUCCUGCAGGCUUCAACUGGUACAAAUGUGGAAGUGGCUGGCGCUGUUCUGCAGGUGGCCACUUCGUGUCGGACGCGCAGCUGAACAGCCAGUUUACUUGCUGA